AUGUCAGACAUUAGCGAAAAUAUAAAAAAAACGGAUUCUAAUGCACAAACUGUGGCUCCACCACAACUUAGUUUAUCCGAUGAUACUACUAAUAAUGAUGAUAGCGAUAGCUGUAAUAAUAAUGGGAAAAGCUUACCUGAAGAUAAAGACAAUACCAAUGCCAAUAAUAGUCAGGACAAUCAUGACAAUGAUAGUAUAACCCUAAGCUCAGAAGAUUGUGCACAUUCUUCAAAACCUUUUGCUACAAGGCUCAAGAAUUUACUCUUUGAAGAAUUUGUUGAAAAGUUCACUCCUGUUUACUUUGUAUCUAUUAUGGGAACGGGUAUUUCAUCUAAUAUCUUAUAUAAUUUUGGCUACCCUGCUCAUUGGUUAAGAGUAUGUGGUAUUAUAAUGUUUGUGAUUGCUGUCAUACUAUUUUUAAUAACAUCGUUGAUGUUUUUACUUUCUUGUUACUAUUAUUAUCCCAAGAGAAUCAUGCAAUACAAUUUAAAUCCUAAUAUUGCUGUUUUCAUGGGCUGUUAUGCUAUGGGCUAUAUAACUUUAAUUAAUUUUAUUUUUUAUUUGGACAAAGUAGAUAUAAUAUUUGUCUGGGUUUUAUGGUGGAUAGCUAUCAUUGUAUCAGUUUAUACAGCUUUCAUAACUGUAUUCUUUUCAAUUUUAUCAAAAUUAUCUAGUGAAAAGAUUAAUAUGAAUGAAUUAAAUUCGACUUUAUUAUUGCCAAUUGUUGCAAUUACUGUGGUGUCAUCUUCAGGGCAUAUAAUUUCCCCAUCAUUGAAGACACUCAAUCAGACUUUAAUUACAGAAAUAUUGAGUCUCAUAUUAUGGUGUAUUUCCAUUGCAUUGGCUUUCAUAAUAAUAACUAUAUAUUAUCAAAGACUUAUACUCCAUAAAAUCCCCAGUACACAAUUAAUCUUUACAAGUUGGUUACCAGUCGGAUUUUUAGGUCAAUCUUCAUUCAGUAUUAUGAUGUUCGGUAAAAAUAUGUAUGAUUUAAUAGAAGAUAAAUCUGUGGGAAAUAUAUUCAUUGUAUGCUCUACAAUGAUUGGAGUGUUUUUAUUAUCAUUUGGUUACUUUAACACUUUCUUGGCUGUCAUCUCGACUUUAUCAAAGAUUAGACCAUUUGCUAAAGCAGAACUAAUUCAUCCCCACAUCAAGAAAGGUUAUAUUAUGAAAUUUAAUAAAGCAUUUUGGUCAAUGACUUUCCCCUUAGGAACUAUGGCACUUUCCAAUAAUGAAUUAGGUAAAGGAUUAUUUGGUAAAGUGAUAUAUCCACUCAAAUUCUUUAGAGUCUUGGGUUGUAUAUAUUCCGUAGCUUUAUUUGCAGUCACUAUUGCAUGUCUCAUUGGAAUUAUUUAUACUUGCAUCAAAUUGGUCAAGGGUUUAUUUAGAAAGAACACUAUAGAUAUGGUAUAA